AUGAUUGAAGUGCAAGACCUCAUUGUCUCGAGAGGGGGAGAUCCCAAAAAAGUGAUCGAGAGUCUGCAAAAGCGAUACGCCCCCACCGAAAUCGUCGACGAGGUCAUUGCACUCUGGAACGACGCCUAUCAGACGCGGUACAAGGCCAGCCAAGUCGGCGCAAAGAUCAAUGCGGUGCAAAAAGAGAUCGGGCAGUUGAAGAAGGCAAAACAAGAUGCGGACCACCUGCUGCAAGAAAAGGUGAACUUGGAGAAGGAGAAGAAGAAGGUCGAAGACGAGGCCAUUGAGAAGGAGAAGCUCAGAGACCGCAAGUGCAAGCUGAUUGGCAACUAUGUGCACGAGUCGGUGCCGGUCAACGACAACGAGGACUUCAACGAGGUGGUCAAGAAAUGGGCACCUGAAGGCUUCACAGAGGAAAAACGUGACUGCCUCUCUCACCACGAGGUCAUGACCCGUGCAGAAGUCUACGACAGCGAACGAGGCGUCAAGCUGGUCGGCCAUCGAGGGUACUUUCUCCGCAAAUGGGGUGUCUUGCUAAACCAAGCUCUCAUCAACUACGGCUUACACUUUCUUGUCUCCAAGGGCUAUGAUCCCCUGCAACCGCCCUACUUCAUGAAGGCCGAGUACAUGGCCAAAACGGCACAACUCGAACAGUUCGACGAAGAGCUUUACAAGGUUAUUGAAGACAAGGAUGACGAGGACAAGUUUCUCAUUGCGACAUCCGAACAGCCCAUCUCAGCCAUGUUUGCCGAAGAGUGGAUGACGGAGAAGGAUCUGCCAAAGAAGUUCGCCGGCUACUCUUCGUGUUUUCGAAAGGAAGCUGGCGCACACGGCAGAGAUGCCUGGGGGUUGUUCCGCAUCCACCAAUUCGAGAAGGCAAGUACUAUUACUAUCGAACAAUUCCUCUUCGUCAAGCCCGAAGAGUCCUGGCAAGCACUCGACGACAUGAAAUCCAUCGCCGAGGAAUUCUACCAGUCCCUAGGGCUUCCGUACCGGGUCGUGGCGAUCGUGUCGGGCGCACUCAAUAACGCAGCGGCCAAGAAAUACGACCUGGAAGCCUGGUUCCCCUACCAAGGCGAGUACAAGGAACUCGUGUCUUGCUCAAAUUGCACAGACUACCAGACGCGAGAGCUGGAGAUUCGGUACGGCCAGAAAAAGGGUGCAAUCGACACCAGGAAGACGUAUGUGCAUGCUCUCAACGGGACAUUGUGCGCCACAGAGCGGACCCUGUGUUGUCUGGUGGAGAAUUACCAAAAGGAGGAUGGCUUCGAAGUGCCAGAGGUGUUGAGACGGUACAUGCCACCUGGGACGCCGGAUAUCAUUCCAUACACGAAGGAAUUGCCGAAGGAUACGACCUCGGCGAAGUCGAAGCAGCCACCGAAGGGUAAGACUGGGGGUGCACCUGAAGGUGGCCCCAAGCGAGACAUGCCGGCGGCAGGCAAUGUCGCGGAUAAGAUGAAGGACAUGAAAGUGUAG